UUCUACUUAAGCGCGCAGGUGUCGGUGGCGCGCAUCCAAUUUGGCUGCGGUCCCGAACCCGAGGAGUCUGCGGCGGCGGAGCCAUGAAGACGGAGGGCGGCGCGCAGGCGCCACCGUUCGCCGGGAGGGAGCAGAGCCUGAUCGAGGACGCUCGCCGGAGCGCGGCAGUGCUCGCGGGACUCUCGGGGUCCUCCCGGGCACGCGACGGCCUCGUGUUCGAGCAGAAGGACGGCCGGGUCACGAUCAACGUGCUCUUCGCCCUCAGCGGGGUAAAACACGCGGGCUUCUUCAAGACCGGGAAGAUUUUCGAGACGUUCGAGGCCAAACUUCUCCACGUCGAAAGCCGCCCGGGGAGGAAGUCGAAGAACGGCGCCACUGACCUGGAGUUCUUCAUGAAGUGCGAGGUGCACAGUUCCGACCUGGACGUCUUCGUCAACUCACUGAAGAGGGUGGUCGACGACGUGCGCUCCGUCCCGGAGGAAAAGGUUCCAUGGUUCCCCCGACAGAUAAAAGACCUCGACAGGUGCAACAUGUUAAUAACCAAAUUUGAUCCAGACAUGGACCAGGAUCAUCCAGGACACAGCGAUCCGGAGUACAGAAAACGACGGGCCUUCAUCUCGGAGCUCGCCUUCACGCACAAACAGGGGGAGCCGCUGCCCACCGUGGAGUACACGGCAGAGGAAGUGUCCACGUGGAGGCACGUCUACCGGCAGCUGAGGGGCAUUUAUCCCGGCCUGGCCUGCAGGCAGUUCCUGGACGGGCUGCAGCAGCUGGAGGAGGAGGCCGGCUACGGAGAGGACCGCAUCCCUCAGCUCAGGGAGGUCUCCGCCUUCCUCAAAGGCAAAACCGGUUUCCAGCUGCGUCCAGUCGCCGGCCUGCUGUCGGCCAGAGACUUCCUGUGCAGUCUGGCCUUCAGGGUGUUUCAGUGCACGCAGUACAUCCGCCACUCCUCUGCGCCCAUGCACUCCCCCGAGCCAGACUGCUGCCACGAACUCCUCGGCCACAUCCCCAUGCUGGCGGACAAAGAGUUUGCGCAGUUCUCCCAGGAGAUUGGACUGGCCUCGCUCGGAGCUUCAGAUGAAGACAUUGAGAAGCUCUCGACGUUGUAUUGGUUCACGGUGGAGUUCGGCCUCUGCAAGCAGAACGGGGCGGUGAAAGCUUACGGCGCCGGACUCCUGUCGUCCUACGGGGAGCUCGUGUAUGCGCUGUCUAACGAGCCCGAGUACAAGCCGUUUAACCCCGAGGAGAUGGCGACGCAGCCGUACCAGGACCAGACCUACCAGCCGGUUUACUUUGUCUCGGAGAGCUUCGAGGACGCCAAGACCAAGAUGAGGAGAUACUCUGCCACCAUCAAGCGUCCCUUUGCGGUUCGCUACGACCCCUUUACCUGCAGCGUGGAGGUUCUAGAUCAGCCCGGCAAGAUCCAGGACAGCCUGAGCCGGCUGAGAGGAGACCUGAAGACCCUUCAGAGCGCCUUGGAGAAGUUCAGCUAAUCAGAGGAAAGUCCUGCAGAAACAGAAGGAUGCACCUUUGGCCCGUGUGAAUAUAUGAGAUCUACUGUUACAAAGAACACGUAAAGUCUGUUUGUGUGGUCGCACAUUUGUUUGCGUGUUUCCUGUAUCAUGUAAAAGAAUAUAUAAAACAAAUAUUUUCAUAAUGUCUUCAACACA